AUGUUCCACCGCGGUCGCACAACAACUACAAGGACCACCAAGCCGACAUUGAUGACUCGGCUUAAGGGUCCAUAUGCUAAAAGCAAGACUGUCAAGACCACAACCACCACACAUCCAAACGGCACCUCACACCGUACCAAUAAGCGCCAUCUGGGACCCCACCACAAUAACCGCCAUGUUGGAGGUGUCCAGCCGCAACAUCAUCAUAGACGCAAGGUUACCUUUGGUGACAAAGUCUCGGGCGCUAUGAUGCGGAUGAAGGGUAGUCUCACCCAUCGUCCUGGUGUCAAGGCUGCUGGAACUCGUCGCAUGCACGGCACUGAUGGUCGAGGAAGUCACCGCCUUGCUUAUUAG